GGUAGACACGGUUGUUUACACUUUAGUUUUACAAGUUUACUCGCUCCGUUGUUCGUCCUGAACGUGUAGGGAUUUUCGCAAUUUUCUAAUACAAGCAUUUUUACAAUAAUAAUAAAUACAAAUCAAACCUAACCAUUAAUAAGCUGUAAAUUUAUAUACAACGUUUGCGUGACAAUCGUGCGUUGAAGGUUCGUGUUAUGUGCGCAUGUACCAGUCGAGCCGCAUUGGAGUGUAUUUAAUAUUAUAUAGUUACACAAAUAUUAUUCAUCCACAGUGUUCGGUAUUAUAAACACAACGACCUGGUCAAUGCGUUAGGCCGACGGCCGACAUGAAAAUCGCCGUGGAAGGAUGCGCUCAUGGCGAACUGGAACGGGUGUACAAAACGUUGGGAGUAUUGCAGCGAAAGCACGGUUUCACCGUAGAUUUGCUUGUGUGCUGCGGUGACUUCCAAGCGACCAGGCAUGCCGACGACUUGGAUACUAUGGCCGUGCCAAACAAAUUCAAGGUUAUGGGUACGUUUUACAAGUACUACACGGGAGAACUGGUCGCGCCCGUCCUUACGUUGUUUAUCGGUGGCAACCACGAAGCGUCUGCCCACAUGCAAGAGCUUAGCUAUGGCGGCUGGGCCGCCCCCAACAUUUACUACAUGGGCACUGCCGGCGUAGUGGACGUGGCUGGGGUGCGCAUAGGCGGCCUGUCGGGCAUUUACAAGGGUAAUGAUUACAUGCGUGGCCGACAUGAACGACCUCCCUACACGGAACAGACGAAACGCAGCGUUUAUCAUAUUCGUCAAUUAGAAGUGUUCAGACUAAAACAGCUCAAGGAACCCGUAACUGUGAUGUUGUCGCACGAUUGGCCUCAGGGAAUUGCACGCUUCGGAAAGUUGAAAAAGUUGCUAAGGUUCAAGCCUUUCUUUGAGAAGGAUAUAAGGGAAAAUAGGCUGGGCAGUCCGCCAGCAGCCGAGUUGUUGUACACCCUUCAACCUCCGUACUGGUUUUCUGCCCAUCUGCACUGCAAGUACGCCGCCAUUGUGGACCAUACUACUAGCGACUGCCCUGAUGGCGUCAAGAAGCUGACCAAGUUUCUAUCGCUAGACAAGUGCUUGCCAAGAAGGCGGUUUUUACAGAUCUUGGAUAUCCCUCACGAUGCUUCUAAGCCUAUCAAAUUAAGCUAUGAUUUAGAAUGGCUUACUGUGUUACGACUCACCAACCAUUUAUUGAAUGUAUACAGAAACAUCUACUACUUGCCAUCCCCUGGACCGUUGAUGAAUGAAAGGUGGGAUUUCACUCCGACAGACGAAGAGAAAUCUGCCGUUCUCAAAUUGUUUGAAAACGGUGACUUGACCAUACCAGAAAAUUUCGCCCCCUGUGAUACCUACAAAAGUUUCGCAAACCCUCAAACACGGCGGCUAUGUGACCUGCUCGGCAUAGACGACCCUCUGGCACUGGUCACCGGAAGACAAUGGGCCAAGAGCACCAGUUUCACCAACAUGGAUUCAACGUUUUCGUCGUCUUUCAUCAAUUCUACCGGUCGCAAUGAAGAUGAUAUCAGCAGCUCGUCUCUAUUGGCGGGCCAAAUCAAAGACGAUUCUAUAGACCAACAAGAAUCUUGUACAGCUCUUAACUCUUCCAUGCCAUUGGUAUUGCCGGAGCCCAAAAGCAACUUGGUAGACGCUAAGCAAUGUUCUCCUGUCCACAACACCUCGCUGCCGUUGGUUUUGCCAGAGCCCGUUAAUGUAUCAUCGGAACAGCUGGUGCCUUCAAAGUUAGCAGACCAAAGUGACAACGACGUACUUACAAAAACCGUACCUGUAAAGGCACUAGAUCUGUCUGGAGGUGCUGACCACUUAAUUCUAACAGCAAAUACUAACGAUACGCAAUGUGCCGAUGACGACGCCAGCUUUAUACCAAAAAAGUUGAAAAGGCGAAAUUAUCAACAACAUAACGACGACAGUGACUAAAAGUUAUUUUUUUAAUUAAGAAUUUAUUGAUAUUUAUGUACUUUUUUUCUAUAGGUAGUAAUGUUUUUUUAUAUAUACUUUUUGUAACCAUUUUAAUGUCUUGUUAUUUCUUGAAAUCUGCCAUUUUCUUUUGGAGGAGAAAACUCUUGGUUCUUGGGCGGCUAUGUGCUUAUGUAGCCACGUACUAAUAGACUGAAACGAGUGUAAAUUCUAUGUUGAUUAUCGUUAUUCAUAAUCAGUUUUAUUUUCCAUAUUAUUAUUAUUUUCUCACUUCUCACAUAACAUGAAUAA